AUGGCUAACAAAAAAGGUUAUAAUGAAUAGUAUGAUGAAAUGCAGAAUGAUGCAAAUGGUCAGAGAGAAGGGGGAGGAAAUUAAGGGAACAAUCAAAAAUCUAAUAAAGGGAAAAGCAAGGAUAAGAAUAAUGAGGAUGCUGCUUAAGAUCUCAUUAAUUAUAAGGGAAUUUAUUAUGACGAUGACUAAGGAUAGAAAUACACUGACCCAGAGAAUGGGGCUCAUUUUGAAUUCACUGAUUUAUGCCGUCGAAUAAAGAAGAUACUUUCGAAGGUCGAGUGGGUAAGUCAACAUCCUCUUGAGGUGAUUGAGCAGCAGGCUGCUACGAUGUUAGCAAUCGAUCCUAUUUUAGCUCAUGCCAAAGAAGUCGUUUUGCAAAGAGAAAAACAAGCUCUUAUUAAAGAUAUCACAGGCGCCAGUUAAGGCAAGAAAAGUCAGUAAUCCCACUAAAAAUAAACUGUUACUCAGAGCACACAAGGCAAGAUGAGGGAUUCUAUGACAUCUCAGCAAAUGAGCCAGAAUAAGAAAGAUCUUUAAUAGACAUAAAAUAGGGAUUCAAUUUAGCUUUCACAGCAACAACAACUUGAAAUUUAACAAUAAGCAAUGCAGUAACAGCAGCAAAAUCAGUAGUAAUUAUAGUAACAGUAGUAAUAGCUUUUAUAAUAGCAGCAGCAGCAAAUCUAAGAAUAGCAAUAUCUUUAAAAACAACAGUAGAUCUUGUAGUAAUAGCAUUAACAGCAAAUGCAAUAACAAUAGUUAUAAUAGGCUUUGUAAUAGUAAUAGCAAGAAGCACUCCUCGCUUAGGCUAAAUGGAGAAGUAAAUCCAAUGAGAAUCAGAUUAGUAACACUAGCAAUAUGGCCAAUUCUCAAAAGAUCCAGAAAUCAACAAUGAAAGUUCAGGAAGUUACCCUUCACCAGAUUGGUAUUGGAUCUAAUACUCUUGAGAAUCCUUCAUUCAUAGAUACAUAGAGUGCUGCAAAGUUAAAUAACAGAGGGAAGACGCCAUAAAGUCUGAGUAAGUCAAUUAGCAAUGGGUAGUCUGGUUCGAUAGAAAAGUGCAACAGUCUUUCACAGAAUAUGAAAAAGAUGCAAGCAAAUAAAAUGGGAUAUAAUGAAUCUAUUAUUAGUGCAGCUGGAACAAAUAUCACUAUGCAAAACUAAACGUAAUUAACUUUUGUACUAAUGAAAUCUAUAUAGGAGAUCAUCACAAAGAUCAAACAGAGAAAAGCAAAGUUCCCUAUCAAAUAAUACAUCAGGUGGGAACUAACUAUAUGCGAAGCCUUCAGUGCCUGCAACUUCUUAGUCAAGGAAUACAAACAAGUACGUGAGUAGCAACACUUUCUAGUAAGUAUCCUAAAUAAAAUUAAUGACAGUUAUAGCAAUAAUAACAACAGCAAUCUCAAUAACAAGACCCAGAUUAUUCAAAAAUCUACUAUUCCUACCCGCAAUAACACUGAUAAUCUCAUGCCAAAUUUCAACAAUAAUAGCCUUGCAAUUCAGAAUUUUGGAUCACUAGCUAUAUAAAGCACUACGAUUGGAAAUAGUGUUAGCAAAUCCAGGAACUUGCAAAAUAAUAUUUUCAGAACGACAGCAUCGAUAGGAUCAGCGAAGGGGAUUAAUAAGAGUAUGCUUUCAAAUACUUAGACGAACAUAGAUCCCUCCUUGCUUAUUGGCACUUCUUUAUAAAAUCAAGGCGCUCUUAACAAAAAGUUCGUCGACUCUAUGGGCGGAUUGGGCUCAGGCUCUCAUACUAAGCAGAUAUCAGGCAGCAGCAAGUUUAACUAGACUAUUGCUCAGCAAAACACUCAACUCUACUCCAUGAUCUAUCAAAAUAGACAGAAGAAUAUGGUUAGUAACUUUUUGAAGGGAGUAGACUAGAGGCAGCAAUAGAAAACAAGUAAUGGCGGCUCAAUAGGGGCAGGCACCAAUUCUUAUCAGAAGGGAGUAGGCACAUCCAGAAACUAGGGUCUGAAUGCACCGACUGCAACGAAAAAGAAUAAUAUGAAUCGUAGCAAUAUAGUUGGUAGUUCUGGCAGUGGGAAUCAAACAAUGGACAUUGUUAUUAAUAAAUCACUAAUUGGCAAUAGGUUCUACUGA